CGUAAACGUAGAAUCAUGUGAAAAUACAUUGGCUGUUAUUUCUUGAGAAUACCCAUCUCAAACUCGUUGAAAAUAAUUUCAAAACCAGUUUCUCAGCUUCGCACUCGAUUGCCCCGAAGAGUCACAGAUGGCGGACUAUGAAAAUCCUGUUACAACCUCAAAAGCCAACCUUAACGGCACAGCUUUACAAAGGCACCUCCGCUUCUUCUCCCGCUCUACCACCCAAACUGAUCUCAUCUACCCCUGGGAAAUAUACGCCUCCUUCCGAGCCCUUGGUUUCAACACUCUCAUUUCCCUUGUCUCUGUUCUCGAUUUUACAGUACAUGUAGGAUAUCCUACAAGCGAGGAUUUAGUCCCGAUAGGCUGGGUAGUGAAGGGGUGCCCGGUAAACGCGAAGAAUAUUGCGAGAGCAAAGCAUGGCAGUGAUACAGGAAGUUAUGAUCGUAACGGCGAGUUCGAUGAGGCAUCUUUCGAAAGGAUUUGGAAGUUUGAUAUGGACAAGAAAGGUGGCCUGUUCUUCUCCGAAAUAAUCAAGAUGUGCGUUGCAAACAGAAACGUUUUUGAUGUUGCAGGCUUUUUGUUCCAGCUCUUCCUCUGGGGCUCUUUAUGGCUGUUGGCGGCUGAUGAGGAAGGGGUUUUGAGGAUGGAGGAUGUGAGACGCCAAUACGAUGGAAGUCUUUUCUAUGAGAUCGAGGAGAGGAGGCGGAAAGGGGAGAGGCUGCCAUUGUGGAGGGGAGGAGCUUUAUGGUGAACCAGUUUUGAGUAUGCCUUAGGCUCCAAAGCCCCGGGUGAUUGACGGUGAUGGCAGACGACCAUGGUGAUGAUCCACGGGAGGAUCCCCACCUCAUUCAUCUUUCUAUUUGUCAGAGAGCCAUCACAAGUGUUCUACUUUUUUCAUCAUCCAAGUUGAUAAAUGACAAGCAAAACGAU